AUCGGCGCGUUGUCGCCAUCUUCCGCCAGUUCUGUUAGCGACCUCACCGGAGCAUCACAUCAGACCGCCGGUGGGCGAGUCCCGGGUGUGUCUGUCUGCCUGCCUGCGUUCAGGAGAGCACGCUACCAGCACCGACAGGGGAGGGAAAUAAAAUGCUGGGGAAUCGAAAGCCGUGACAUCUUCAUCACUAGACACUUGUUGUUGUUUUUUUUUUUGCUUUUGGAGGAGGACUGAAGCAUGAAGAAACACCACAGCCCCGCGAAGGGACCACUGGAAGUCACCGUGCCAGACGCCGAGGCGACCAUACAACAACUCAACAAGCUGCUGUCCAACGGCAGCGGUUUCUACAGCCUCCCAGCACAACAUUUUAACGAGGUCUUUCCCAGGAUUUACAUCGGCAAUGCGUUUGUGGCCCAGAAUGUGAUGCGUUUGCAGCGGCUGGGUGUGACACACAUUCUGAAUGUCGCAGAGGGAAACUCUUUCAUGCAUGUGAACACCAAUGCAGAGUUUUACGCAGGAACUGGGAUCACGUACCAUGGCAUACAGGCCAAUGACACUGAGCAGUUCAACAUCAGUGCCUUCUUUGAGGAAGCAGCAGACUUCAUCGAUAAGGCUCUGGCACAUGGAAAAGGAAAGGUGUACGUUCACUGCCGUGAGGGCUACAGCCGUUCGCCCACCAUCGUCAUCGCUUACCUCAUGCUCCGUCACAAGAUGGAUGUACGAGUUGCAACGGCUACAGUAAGACACAAGAGAGAGAUCGGCCCGAAUGAUGGAUUCCUGCGCCAACUGUGCCAACUCAACGAAAAGCUGGCGAAGGAGGGCAAGUUGAAGACCAAAUGAUAGAAUGUGCUCUACUCCCACAUGUAUUUCAGUCCAAGCAUAUUAACAGAAUGUAUGCAUACAUCCAGAGCAUAAGCAUGGAGAUAUACAAAGUGUAUUCAAACACACUCUCACAUACACACUCACUCGAGGUGUUGUCAGUGUCCUGAAUAAUUACCCCUGCUUCCAGCUGGCUGGUAAAGGGAAAUUUACUGGCGUAUCUGAAUAAUUAAGGCUUUAGAAGAAGCAAGGGCAGCAUUUUAUAUGUCAUCACAACUGUUUUGUUUUUGCAUCAUUCCCCAUGAUAAUUAGCUUCCUUUUUUUCACUAGGCACACCUAAAGCAUUCCAGUACCCAACUAUUUGUAUAUCUCACAAAUUCAACUUUUGGAGCAUAUUAGCCCAAUUGUCAUCUGUAAAGUAGAGCACAAUCAUCCAAUGGGUUCCGACUGACCAGAAAUAUGCCGAUUUCUCGACCCAUUUCUAUUUGUAUAUUUAGCAUGCCGAAUACACCUUUUAACCCAUUUACAGACCUACAGCCAGAUUUUUAUGGCUUUCCAGCAUUUUAAAUCAGGAGGACAAAACUGUUGUGUACCAGCACACACCCCAUUCGCUCACUAAAUUAACAUUCCACUUUGUACUGAAUGGUAGCAUACAAUCAACAAGAUAGAUCUACAACAAACCGACUGUAUGUUGUAGCUCGGAUUCAACAGACGCUACAAACAGGUUCAACCCGGUUCUAUGCAGCAGUGAUAAUGCAUCAGCCCCAUUAGAUCUCUUUACUCUGGAAUCACUGUCUCUCACUGCCAAGUAUCAUGCCACAUUUUGUCCAUCACAAGAUCACAGUCAGCCUUGACCAGAGAGACACGUCCGAUAGAUGGAGAGCCUCUGCCAUGCCAACUGCCUAAUGAUGUGCCCUUACACAAGGUUUGUUACCCAGAGGCCCAGUGCCCCUUCAUACUGCUAGUUCAGAGAUCGUAGGAAGCUAGGUCUGUGGAGCUUAGAUCAGACUUUUAAGGGUAGCUGUUGAAAUAGACUCAGCUUUGUCCUUAAGAUAGAAUCAAUUUAGCACUGGAAACUGACUCAUUUUGCUGCACUGCUGGCUUGUUUCAGGUUUUAAAGGGGUCAUAUCGUAUGUAUUUUUAUCAUUUAAUUAUUUCCCCCGAGGUCCACUUAUAACGUUAGUCAAAUUAAGCAGGCCGUUAUUGCUGCUGUGCCUUUAAGACUACUAUCUAAGCAUGUGAAGGGAGUUACAUUGACGAGUAACUAUAUAGUUUAUGCUAUUCAUCGUUUAAUAACAGCAUCAUUGCAGAAGAUUCACAAAAAGGUCUGGGUAGUAAUGUGCUGUUCAAACCAUCCAGAUCAGACAGAAGUUCCCUGCAUUUUACGCUUUAUUCAGUUUUGGGAAAAAAUCCCACUUUCUCUGUAUAGCUUCUUUGGGACUGGUUUGGCUACAUUGAUGUGUAAAUAUGGUGAAUGUUUUUUUUUUUGGACUGGGAAGAAAUUUUAAUUUCUUAAAGUUAACCCAAAAAUGCGAUUUCUCAUAAUAUGACCUCUUUAAAGGAGAACCAGCAUAAACUUCAUUGGAAAUAAGUGCAUGCAAAGGUUUUAAACGCGUAGCUUUUUGAAUUAGUCUCAUUUCUCAAAUUUGAUUGAUCUAAUAUUAAUAGGGGCCUCUACGUUUAUUAUUACUGAAGGAAAAUACUAUAGUACAAAUCGUAGGCUAGAUUAUAACACAAAGCACUACUUAUGCCUCUUUUUUAUAUUUCUAUAUUCCAGAUAUAUAUACUUGUAUAUACAUAUUUAGAUGUUGACAUAUAUGAAUGUAUGACCUGUCCAUAAUAUUUGUGUAUGACCAGUAUCUAUUAACAAUAGAAAUAUCUAAUAAAUUGUAGUCGACAUCCACUUUACUUUGAAAUGCCAUGAGUGCCAUGGCAAACACCGCAUUUGUUUCACACACCUAGUUGUUUGCUAAAAAGUCCAUAUAUUAGCCAGUUCUUUUUGCUUUGAUCGUCUAUUUGGCUUUAUUAUUUUACAAUUUACAUUCUAUUACAGCAUCCAAGUCUGUUUUCACAGGUAACACUGUUGCAGGCUACUUCACAACAUGUACACCACUGUAGCUAAUCCACAAUCCUUUAUUUAACUUUGUCUAAGAACAUUCAAAAUUGACAAAUACCUAUAUGUAUGAAAGCAUUCGAACUAUAAACAUUCCUUUAAUAUAAUCUGGAGACCUAGGCUUUAUACAACCUAAUCAACUGUAGCUUUUGGAAACCUGUGUGCCGUCACAAAACACGUGAACCAAUGAGGAUGGUCUGUGCCAAUGGCAAGCAAACUACGGGAUUUUAUCAGUCAUUAAAACUGAACUUGAGAUCUUCUUGGGCUUUCAGAGAUUUUAGCAGCAACUUUUAACCUCAAAAAGCAACAAUAACACAUUUUGAAUACGCAUAUUUGGAAAUUUCAACAUAAAGAUGUGUUUGCUGGCUCUUGUUGGCUGCAAGGCGAGGAAGAACACACCCUUUUCAGAACUGGAUUUGCGGAAGGAGAAACACUGCCAUCUGCUGUUGAUAACCCAUGUGGUUUGCACAAACUGGCCUGCUAUGUAUUGCCUUUUAUUCAUAUGUAUCCGAUUGUAUGUUACACAGUGUAUAGAUAUUGUAAACAAUGUAAUUAUACAGGGAAGAUUAAAUGAAAACGGUUGUACCACUAUAUGGCUUAAUGAUGUCAUUAGUAUAUAACAAUGAAUCACAAUGCUGCUUGGUCAUUUUGUAUUUAUGUCUCAUUAUCAGUGUUUUUUCUUUAAUAACACAAACUAAGGUGAUGCAGUUUUGACGCACUUGCAUUGUUUGUGUAUUUUCGCUUCUUUGUUUUGUCCAUGUGUACAAGCACAUCGUUGCAUUCAUGUGCGCGCACACACUUGCUCAAACGCCGCUGACUACAUGUAACUCUAUAUCGUCUAUGUGCCGUCUCUUACUCCUGUAUGCUUUGUGUUGUUGCUGUAAUGUGAUAUUGUAAAUGAUUGACCACUUGUUUGUUGUAAAGGACAUGGAAACCUCAGCAGUUGCAAAUUUGGCAGGAGGGUUUGGCACAAAUGUUCACACUCUCAAAUUAUGUUUUGCAUUUUGAGUUCAGGAGUUGCUUGAUGCGACUAAACAAUAGACUUAUGGUUUCGUUUUAAUCUGACUUAAACAGGAAAGGAAAUACAGAUCGCUUAAAGUGGAGGUCAAACGAAUGCAUUCACAUGACACAGGCUGUCUAAACAUCCCACCUUAAAGCCUUAUCCUGAAGAUGGAUUAUAUAUUUUUGAUUCAUGUCUUCACUUCACAAAGCAAGGUGUACAGCUUCUACAGACACUUUGUUGAAGUGCACUUGAUUAAAUCACAGUUAUUUUUCUUACAUUGGAAAAUGUUCUUUUGUUUUAUGAUGUCUGAAAAUAAAUCUCAAAAAUUCAAA